UAUUCCUACAACAAGACUUCAGCAAAAAAAAUACCGACAGUGGACAGCCCGGGAAAAACUUUUUGUAAUUUCUUAUCUUGAAAGGAUUCCUGGAGCUACUGUACGUGGAACAGCAGAUAAAUUUCAAGUUCAACCAAAGCAAAUUCGAGAUUGGAAAAAUAAACGAGAAGAGCUAUUGUUAGCUCAGCCUCAUAUUAAACGUCUCAAUGUUG